CUAAUGCAAUGGUUGUGACACAUGAUCCAGUUACAUACAAGAGUCUCACACUGUCCUUUCAAAUGAUGCUACUUAGAAGCCAUGGCUCACAUCAGGACAUAUGCCCGUCUCAAGCCAACUGCCGAGCCUUAUGAUGAGUAUGACAUCAGUAACAACUGUCUACAAAUUCGAGUUCCGGAGGUCUAUCGAGACUAUGGGUCAUCUCCAGGGAAAGUUAAGAGCAACAUCUGCUAUGAUUUCAAAUACGACAAUGUUUUCAAUACAGACAUAUCUCAGGAGGAUGUGUUCAAUGCAGUGGCGUAUGAUAUCAUUGAAGGUUUUUUAAAUGGCUACAAUGGAACUAUAUUUGCUUAUGGGCAGACAGGAACAGGCAAGACUUACACGGUGGAAGGAAGUGCUAGGAAGUAUAGUGAACGUGGCCUUGCUCCCAGGGCUUUGUCUAUGAUCUACCAGGCACUUGCACAACGGCAAGAUGAAGAAAUAACAGCUCACAUAUCAUACAUUGAAAUUUAUCAGGAAGUGGCCUAUGACCUUUUGACUCCAGGAGCACGGACACUUUCCCCUGUUACACCAUUUCCUAAGGUAAAUGUUAUGGAGGGCCCUGGAGGAACAUGCAUGAUAAGAAACCUGUCCAUCCACCUAGCCGCCAGCGAGGAUGUUGCACAGAGUCUCUUACUUCAAGGUCAGGCCAAUCGCAAAGUUGCUGAGACACCUGUCAAUCAGAGGUCAUCAAGGUCACAUGCUGUGUUGACAGUGUAUCUUGCAGCAAAGAAGCAAGAUUCAGAUGUCAUAAUAAGGUCGAAGCUUCACCUGGUUGAUUUGGCGGGAUCUGAGCGUGUUGCUAAGACUGGAGUGGAUGGCCAUCAGCUGACGGAAGCCAAGUCAAUCAAUCUGUCUCUUCACCACCUAGAAACUGUCAUCAUAUCACUGCAGACAGACUCGCUGGCAAACGCCAGGCUGCAGCAGAGAACUGCGCAGUCCCUUAGAAGUUUAAGCUCAUCUGUUCUGUCUCAGUCUCACACACCUAACAAUGAUGGAUUCCGAGCAACGAGACAUGUUCCAUACCGCAAUUCAUUGCUUACUAUGGUGCUUAGGGAUAGUUUGGGAGGGAACUGCCAGACUGCAAUGAUAGCCACCCUGUCUCUAGAGUGGAGGAAUCUGGGAGAAACUUUGUCAACCUGUAGAUUUGCUCAGCGUGUUGCCUGCAUUGCCAAUCACGCUAUACGGAAUGAAGAGAUAGAUGAUUACACACUAAUUAGACGACUGAAGAAACGCAUUGCUGAACUAGAGUCGGAAAUCUCUUGUCUUAGGUUAUCCCAGGCAAGUAAUGAGGAAUUCAACAGUGAGCCAGCCAUGGCAGGUAAACUGACAGAUGAAGACAAGCUGUUUUGUGCUAAAGUUGUCCACGAGUAUCUAGGAGGUCGACUCUCCGACCCCAUCACUGCAGGAAUUACAAGUCCUUACAAGUUUCGAGAAUGCUUUAAGGUUCUAAAGAAGAUGGUUCUGAAGGGAUACUUCAACCCAGAGUCUGUGCCACACACUGAUGGCAAACUCUACAAUGGAAGUCCUGCGCAGAUUUUAAAACUUGAUGACAACAAUAAUUCAUCAGAUUUAGGUGAGGUAAAGUCAAAUGGUACUCCAGUGAAGCCAGUCCAAGCUUGGGAGGACUCGGAAACCUUACAACGACAGAAUCAUAACGUGACCUUCACUGUCGGCAGUGGACAAAUAAACAGAUCUUCAGGUGGUAGAGAAGUAGUGGCUAACAGUCCCAGUGAGAGAGCUCCCAAACACGAGGCGUACAAGUCUCCGUUCGAGAGACAGCGAGAGAAGGAGAUCCACCGCCUGAGCAAGAAGCUCAGCCUUAUGGAGGACACGCGACAGUCAAAGGAGCACAAACUGGCCAAUCUCAAACAGCAGGUGGCACUGCAGGAGCUGGAGACCAUGGAGACGGGCAUUCAAGCGAAGCUGGACGUGACACUGGAGCAGGUGAGUGACCAGCAUGCCUACUUACUGCAGCUGAAACACACAGAGGCAAGGUCAGACCUGCUCAACCAAGAGCGGUUGGUGGAGAGACAGCUCAGGAAGAGACAGGCUAAAUUUGAAAAGAAACUUGAGGAGAUCCGAAAGAGGAAAGCUUUGAUUCUGUCUGAGCAAUCUAACGAUGACAGUACUGAGGCACCCAAGUCGCCAUGUCGCCAGCGGGUGGAGGAGAGGUUUGCUGCCCAGUGUAAGAAACGAGACGGAUCCCUCAACACAAGACAGGUCUUCGAAAUGCUCAAGAGUGAAGAAAAGAAACAAAGCAAGGUGCAAGCACAAAUAGAACGAGAACACAUUAUGACUAAAACACGACAACUAGAAAUAAAGGAGGCUGCUACCCGUCUCAAGCUUCGAGAAUUAAAAGAAAUGUUCCGGAGAUCUAAAGAUGAUGAGUCAGCAAAACCAGCUUAUAAUGGAUCCUCCCCACUAGUAGCAUACAGACAGGCUAACGGCGACCACCCUGGAACGUCGAGCUUGUACGAGUUAGCAAGAGAUCACAGUCCUGGUCACUAUCCAGGGUUUAAUAGCAGACGACUGGACAAAGCACUGAGUUUUGUGAAUGAAGAAUCUCACGUAGUUAAACAUGAUGAUGUCAACGAACCAACCAGACCACCAUCUGGAGUAAGUGUGUUCUCGACUGGUGGUGCCAGGUUGCCCAACAACAGGCUACACAUACAGGGUAAUUCAGACAACAGUUUGUCUUCGAAAUGGGACUCUGCCUACUCAACCAGACCUUCCACUGUCGCGACAGUUUCGCGUCCUGGGACUGCAGACUACUUUACACCCAGGCAGGAGGGAACCUCCAGAUACACUUCAAGUAAUUGUGAUGACGUUGGUCGAGCUAACAACAAUUCUGCUAGUGAUUUGAAAGUUGUUGAUCUCUCUGAAGCUACGGAUGAUGGUCGAGCAGUACGACAAAAGCACGUUGUUUCAGAGAAUGGUCACAAAUACCCAUCAGAGACAUUGAUUCCCAGUCAGUACGUGCAUGCGAUGAGAGAUGAGGACGUGUUUGAUGCUCGGAAGAUGGCCCUGACGUCCACCACGUUUGAUGGAGCGCUGUCAUCCAUGCUGGACGAGAGUGACCGGCAGCUGGUGUAUGACAACUUCUCUACAGAGUACUACAAUCAGUUCGCACGGCCAGGCAAGAACAAGUCGAGACACAGACCCAGUCCUAGAAAGAAGUCCUCCAAGUCAGCUCGUCAGGAUGACAGCAACCUAGACGAUACCAUGAAACUCAUGAUGUCACAAGGACCGGAUAGUACAAAUUCACCAAUCUCAGCCAAACUUGCCAAAUUUCUGAACUCAGCUGGAGACCAAGACAGGUCAGCUUAUUCAUCACCCACAAGAAAGAAAAAUCGAGGCAAGGCUUCAAAAACUGGUAGUGAUCCUUUCCAAAGCAAACUUGAUGAAUUCAAUAAAUCAGGUUUUUCUGAAGACGGGACCGACGUACAGCCCAAAAUAACAGCUUUAAAGGAAGCUGACAGGGAGAGGGUUUACAUGACUAAGGCACAGACUGAGAAAGAAAGAGUUGAAAAAAUUCGUAAAGCAAGGCAUGCAGCUGAAGUCAUUCAAAGGGCCUGGAGAAGUCGUCCUAGGAAAGAGUGACUAGAUUUCUGUUAAGUGUUUUGUUAAGAGGUGUGACGAUACGGGUAGGUUGCGAUAUAACGUGUAUCACGAUACAUGGGUCAUGAUAUGAUACGCAUCACGAUAUUCACCAACACUGACCGUUAUUAGGCAGUGGAAGAUUAUAAUGUAUGCAGUAACAAGACUUUUAUAAUUAAUUAGGUAUAUUACGUCUUUCUUAAGUUAUCAGUUUUAACAAAUCCAUUGUGUUUCUGGCCUUUCUAACAUAUAUAGUAACUCAAAAUUAAUUUUAUGCAAAACAAAAAAUUAUGUAUUUUAGAAUCUAUGGUCAGUAGUUUGAUACAGCUGCCUUGAAUGGAUUGCAAUACUAUACUGUGUCAGUGUUGUUAAACUUCCAUUCUGUUAGUAUCAGUGGUGCUUCUUAUGAACCUCUCCACAAAGCAGUUUAAAUGUAGCACUAACAUGACUGACUGACAAAUAUUAAAAUAAAACUUUUUUUUUUUUUACAUUUUUUAUUAAUGAUUGUGCUUUAAUUGUGAUAUUUUAAACUGGCUAACAGUGACUUGAAUACAGUAUUAUUGAAGCAUUCCCUAUUAUGCUCAGUUUGUAAAUAUUCUUGUUUCUGUCAUAUAAAUAAGAAGUUGUUAGUAUAGCAGAGUCGUUUAGUCAUACUUGGAAGAUUAGUAUAUUUACAUAUCUUUGUUUUUAUUUUAUAGACAAAAUUAAAUUUUUUAACAUAUUGAAGUAUAUCUCAGAUAUGUAGAUGAAAAAAAAUUAAUAACAAUUGAAAGUUCAUUAGUCUGAAAAAUAGUUUUAAAAUAAAGUUUAUUGAAUUAAAAUAUGAAAAAAAAUUAAACAAGUCCUCUUGUCUUAAAGAUAUAUAUAUCUAUAUUUACAAUUGAACAGGCCUUUCCCCCAUUUUUAUGGACUCGUCAGUGCAGUGAACACAUGACAUCAUUUACAACAGGAGAAAAGUAGAAUGACAUCAUGACAACUAUAACAAUAUAUUAUACAUAUAAAUAAUCAGUCCAUAAUUACAUUAUAAUUAAUGUCAUGUUGGUAAGAUUGGUAAGCAUUAUAUACAUAGGCUAUUACUACAUUUAUUUCCUAGUACACAACUUUUAUACUAAGUUGCACUAGAAAAAUACAUCCAGGAGAGGAAAUGGGUUUGGGCUGAAUGGGAAGAGGAGACAGACCUGUCAACGCUCCCGGAUUCCGCGGGAGUCUCCCGGUAUUUGAUCAAAUCUCCUUUCACCUGUGCGGGAGACAGUUUCUCCUGUUAAAUGACAUUUUUGUAAGCAUAAAAAAAAA